AUGUCUUCUCAAGGUAUUUCGGGUACCCAUACCCACCCGACAGGACCCUUCGGGUACCCGGGUCUAUCCAGCAGUGAUUUUGCCAAAACCAGUGAAUCGAUCCAAGGCAUCCAACACACCAUUUUAACAGUUGAGCAAUAA